AUGUCACGCGCGGGAAACUACUUCAAGACGGCCCAGGCCAUCGUCAAUCAGCUGGCUGGCGAGAAGCCCCACUCAUCCAUCACGGACUGGGUCGAGGUCCUCAGUUCGGACAGGUACAACACGACAUCUCUCGACGGUAUCCCCGAGCUGGUCGAGAGUGUGAACCUCCAAGGCCCACAAGGUACCACGGAGGCGAGUCGUGCUAUCCGGAAGAAGCUGAAGUAUGGCAACUCGCAUCGACAGAUCCGUGCGCUCGUCAUCCUGCGUGCCCUCACCGAGAAUUGCGGACAUGGCUUCAGGCUGAACUGGGCCAACGAGCAGCUCAUGGAGAGACUCAAGAUUAUGGCCACUGACAAUCUACUCGACCCUAAGGUUAAGAAGCAGCUAAUCCUCGUCUUCCACGCGUGGUCGAUUCAGUAUGCGGAUGAGCCGCGCAUGCGCGAGGUUGCUGGACUGUACGGCCAGUACUCAGGACGACGCCCCGCUGGGCAUGCCAAGAAGGACUCCUUCUCUGCUCAGAAGGCAGCGACGUCGACUCCGUUUGAUGACUCCAACGACAUCUACUCGCACGACUGGAACCCAACUACCAAGGGUGCCGAUACAUACACGGACCUCUCCUCUGCACGGGCGGAGGCUGAGAGCCGCAAGGCAGAGCGCGAGCAACGGAUGCUCAUGGAGAGGAAGGAAGCCGAAAUCGAACGUCGAGAGCGCGAGCUACAACGCAGGCAAGAGAUGGCCGACAUUGAGGCUCGCCGACGACGUGAAGCCGAAGCCGAGGCCGAAAAGCGCCGUAAAGCGAAGGAGGACCGCAAGAAGGGCAAACUUCCCAAGACCGUGCGACCGCGAUUCAAUUUCGAGAAGGAGAAGCCGGCAAUCAUGCAGUCGGUAGCGACUGCUAUCCAGUCAGCCAGCAGCCUUGUGAACGCGUGUCGCCUCGUGAAUCGCGAGACCGAAAACGUAACUCAGAACCCCAACGUUCAGGACAAGCUCGACAAGGCGAAGGCUGCCCGUCGCACUGUGGUACGCUACAUUCAGCAAGUCACUGACGAGGAAUACGUCGGUACCCUGCUCGACGCAAACGAAAAGAUUGUGGAGGCUAUCCAGCUUUAUGACAAGGUACGCAAAGAACAGAAGGGUCGAUCUCCCACACGGCAAAUUGAGAAGAGAUCGAGCAAAACAGGAAGGCGAAUGUCUCAGCAAUCCCCUCCCCUAGAAGUCGAUGACCCCUUCCCCGUGGGCUCCCGGUCCAGCUCCCCAAACUCUAUGAAAGCAUUGUCUAAGCCUGCGGCUCUUGACUCGGACAGCGAGCACGAGGUGCAGGCCAAGUUUGACGAGUAUGACCCCAACGAGGCAGAACCUGAACAGGUGGAGCGCAUCCGUCGCCGCCUAGAGGCUCAAAAGCUGGAAGCUAAUAGGACUGGUGAGCUCCAGAACCUCCAGGAGCAGCAGAAGCUCGAGUCGCAAAAGAUGCAGGCCCGUGCUCUCCGCCGCAACAACACCGGCAACACCGGAUCGGCAUCAACGCCCUCGGGCCCCACGCCCGCAACCACAAACACGUUCCAGGAUCUCCAGGAUCUUGACUUCGGAGCUGUAAAUCCUCACCUCCCGCCUCCCAUGCGACCGGACUCGGAUGACGACGCGUACUCCGGAGGAUCGCUGUCCGACUUUAGUGACUACGACAGCAGUGAUGAGGAGUACCGCCGCGGACACAGCCGCCAGAACUCUCGUGCCGCGAACUCGCGGACCCACUCGCGCCACAACAGCGACUUCGACCCGUACGGUUCUAGCAGCAGGCACCCGGACCCGGCGGGCUACGCUGCGCUCGAGGAGGAGGGCGGCAAGCAAGGCCUCCUUUCUGCCGAUGAUCCGUUCGGCGACCCGUUCGGGGACGACAACGCGGCGCGCACUCCGCAGCACGAGAGGCAGAGGAUGGAGUGUAAGUGUGGUUUUGAGAUUGCCGCCAUUGCUGACCCGUAG